AAACAUAUCGACCCAACAUCAUGGCUGCUGCGUAAAUUGUUGAACAAAGAAAAAACAUUCGUGAUUUUGGGAGAAUUAAUUACAUUUUCAACGUUUUUAAGAAAGAAACACACACUAAAACAUGGGACUUUUCGGUAAAACUCCUCAAAAAGAUCCAAAGGAACAGGUGAGAGAAUGGUCAUCAAGUAUGAGAAGAGAAGGACGAAAGCUGGACCGCCAAAUUCGAACAAUAAAAACACAAGAAGCCAAGGUACAAGUUUCCAUAAAAGCUGCUGCAAAGAAAGGAGACAAAGAUGUAUGCUAUAUAUUGGCAAAAGAAAUUAUUAAUUCAAGAAAAGCUGUAAAUAAAAUAUAUGCUGCGAAAGCCCAGUUAAAUUCUGUGGAAAUGCAGAUGAAAAAUCAAUUAGCUACUUUAAGGUUAGCCGGUUGUCUUGAAAAAAGCACGGAAGUAAUGAGAGGGAUGUCAGCCUUGGUUAAAGUUCCUGAAAUUCAAGAAAUAAUGCAACAAAUGUCUAAAGAAAUGAUGAAGGCUGGUAUAAUGGAAGAGAUGUUAGAGGAUACGUUUGAAGGGAUGGAAGACCAAGAAGAAUUAGAAGAAGCUGCACAAGGCGAAGUCGAUAAAAUCUUAUUUGAAGUUACUAGUGGAGUACUUGGACAAGCAGGUCCAGUUGCUGCAGGUGGUUUAGAGGCUCCAGCUGGUGCUGAAGCUGCUGACGAAAAUGAAGAUCUCGAUGAUAUGCAAGCAAGACUGGAAUCGUUACGUAGUUAGAAAUAAGCGAUUAAAAUCCUCACCGCGUAAAAAUGACUGGUUUUGAAAUGUACAUAAUUUGAAUUACAUGAAAUUCUCUCUUUAUAGAAGUAGUAUCUUUUAUGUAUUACUUGUGUAUAUAUAAUACGAAAGAUAUACGUCGUAAACA